GGAGCGCGAGACCGCGCGAGAACUUCCCCGCAGCAACAAAUACGAAAUCAAAGCCCAUCUCUCGCGCAUAGGUGGUCGAGAGGGCACCAUGGAAGUAUCCAGCCACAGCCUGUUCCUCCUCCAGCAGCUGAACGUUCAGAGGGAGUUUGGCUUCCUUUGUGACUGCACCGUCGCUAUCGGUAACGUCUACUUCAAGGCCCACCGUGCUGUUCUGGCUGCUUUCUCUAAUUACUUCAAGAUGAUCUUCAUCCACCAGUCCAGCGAGUGCAUUAAGAUCCAGCCGACAGACAUCCAGCCGGACAUCUUCAGCUACCUGCUUCACAUCAUGUACACGGGCAUGGGUCCCAAGCAGCAGGUGGACCAGAGCCGCUUGCAAGAGGGCAUCAAGUUCCUGCAUGCCUACCAGCUGUGUCGAAGCAGCGGCGAGGGUGGACCGGACUCAGACACCACCAAGAUGUCCAACCUCUAUGGCAUCCAGAUCUCAUCCCAGUCGGCCACCAAGGAGCGCCUGAGUCUGAAGGAGGGCCAGGUGCGGGGUCCGGAGGAGCCACGUUCCACCAGCCAGGGCGAGAGACCUCCAACUCAGCCGCCGCUGGCCGUAGGCCCAGAAGGGGCGGCCUCGGUCAGACCGCCGGCCAGCCUCCACCGCUCACCGUCCGCAGCCUCUCGGGAGGACUCUGAGGCGUCCGGCGCGCCGGUGAGGAUAAAGCAGGAGAAGAUGGAAACGGAGGUGGCGCCCAAGUCCCAGGCCGGUUCCCCGUCCCCGAGCCAGGAGAGCCCCCGCGUUCUCUUCUGCCACCUCUGCGGGGAGCGAUGUGGCUCCCGGCAGGGUCUGCGAGAGCACCUCCUGAGCCACGCGGCUGGAUCGCUGCCUUUCGGCAUGCCUGGCGCCGUCCUGGAGAACAGCCACGUCGGGGAGGUCCCCAGGUCCGGGGGUGAGGAGCUGGAGGGCCCGGACGAACGACGCCUCCAGCAGGGCUUUCUGCUGCGGAAGAGCCCCGGGGGGCCCGAACAGCCAGAGGCAGGCAGCCUGGAGGAGGCGCUGCGGCGUAGCCAGGCCCUGUCCGAGGAGCUAGCGGCGGAGCUGAAGGGCGGCGGCGGCGGCGGCGGCGGCAAUUCGCGGAAGCGCAAGAUCGCGUGCGCCAUCUGCAGUCUGCGUUUCGCCCAGAAGAGCCAGCUGCAGGAACACAUGUACACACACACGGGAAAGCACGCCCGCUACCACCGCUACAACCACCUGUGCAGCCAGCUGAUUCAGGCUUCGCAGCACUUCUGCGAGAGCCCGGGCGAGUUCGCCGCCGAGGAGGGCGCCAGGGACGCUCAGGACAACGUCAGCUCCUGCUACUCGCUCGACUCAGAAAUCUCCCAGGAGAGCAUCGACACCGUUGUCGUGGAAUAGAACGAAUGAACAAAAAACUGGGACAGGCCAUAGGCCUCCUUCAGACAUUCCCUUUUACGCGUCCUUUGUCUAGACCCCCCCACCCCGCUAUCUGUCAUGUGAGCUCCACACCCCGACAUGUGUCUGCUUCCCAUAAUGCCGUGUUGUUCGUUCCAGUAUUUGUGAAUCUAGUCAUUUGCGCAGUGUACGUCCACACAGUUGUAAAAUAGUGGUGUAAAGAGCUCGUGUCAUCGUCACUCCUUUAUUCAGCUCAUUUAGGCUGUUGGUUUGAUGAAUUAGAAUGCAUUCGGAUGCAGGGACACUGACUGGUAUUUUUUUACACUUCUGAGAUGCUCAGCUAUCUCAACGAGCAACACUGGCAGAGUCGAGUCUUUUUUAUUCAUGACGCUGGUUCUUAUUUUUUUUUAACUGCGGUAUGCUGACAUACUACAAGGUACUAUAGAUAUUCUCUCCAUUCUUGUGACUGAACCUCAUGUGGAAUUUUGUUUUUCGUUCAGUCAUUGGGCAAAUCUCAUUUUCAGCAUGGGACAACAGAGGAUGUGUUUCAUUGUGAAAUUAUUAGCGUCAUAAUGAAAUGCACGACAACUUUUUUGGCCAUUUUUUCCCUCUCUAUACAGUUGUAAUUCAAGUUUUAUUCUUAUUUUUGUUCAGUUUUUUUUUUUUUUUUUCUUCCCCCAGUUGCAAGGACUGGAACUCAGUAACGUGGAGAAUACAGACAAAAUUUUAUAGACAAGAUUCUGUAAAGAUUCAGACUCCAGUAUUGCAACACCAUGUUUGCAAUUAAGUCCUAAUGGAGUUUACAUUUAAAUCAUAAUGAGAAUCCACUGAAAUACAUUGUGACAAUGAGAACAGAAUACUUCCCCAUCAUAUCAACCAAGUCCACUGUCAUAUCAUAUAGGCCACUGACUGUAAAAUAUUUUAAAACAGUAUAUUUA